ACUCAUUGAGCUAUAAAAGAACGGACCCACUGUCCCGGCAGCGCGCCACAGCCAUACCACACAGGGCAUACCCCGCGAAGGGAAGAAGACCAGCGAGCUGCUGUCCACUGAUUUCUCAUUCCCCAUCUCAUUAUUAAACUCAUUCCACAAUGCCUGUGAAUCAGAAAUUUCAAGGAGGGAAAGCCUUUGGAUUACUAAAAGCUCAACAAAGGGAGAGAUGCGAGGAAAUAAACAAGGAAUACAUGGAAGACCAGAAAUACCGGGAUGAGGAGGACCUCCCAGAAAAACUAGAUUCCUUUAAAAACAAAUAUGCAGAGUUUGACCUGAAUGACCAGGGAGAGAUUGAUAUGAUGGGGAUGAAGCGGAUGAUGGAGAAGCUGGGUGUUCCUAAGACCCACCUGGAGAUGAAGAAGAUGAUCUCCGAGGUGACCGAAGGCAACAGCGACAGCAUCAACUACAGAGACUUCGUCAAGAUGAUGCUGGGCAAGCGCUCGGCCGUCCUCAAACUGGUUAUGAUCUUCGAGGACAAGGCUAACGGGGCCAGCUGUAAGCCUGACGGGCCUCCACCCAAACGGGACAUAGCCAGCCUGCCAUAGACCCAGGACAUCUAGAGCCUCUAGACUACAGAGGGGUCAUAGGGACCCGACCCCGACCAUUUCACCAUCCUAGGCCCCUGCCCUCAGCCAGGGACUUGUGUACAUAGCCUUAUCAACUCCCCACCUCAGGACGCACACACAUCCCAGAGGGGGGGGGGUUCCUCCUCUGUUCAAAACGUGGAAAAGAGAGAGAGGAGCAAUCUCUUAACUAUAUAUAUUUGCUGUGAAGACGUUAAGGUAGAUUAGAUUUUUUAUGAUCAGUACAUACAUGUAUAUAUUUAUAUCGAUAAUGGUGAUGAGAAAUAAUUAUUUUUAAUUAGUGUGAUCACUCAUAACCCCUGGCGAUAACCGUGUAAUUGAGUCGUUUUGUGAAUAUGAGCAAAUUGUUGUUGUGUUUGCUGGGGAUCAAACUAACAGAGGUGACUGUUUUGUAUGUAUGUGUAAUGUGUUAAUGUGAAGAUUGUGUGUCAACAACUCACCUGUUAUUAAGCGAUCUGUGUGUGGAUACUAGUGAAUUUAUCAGUGAUCCUGUUUUAUCAUGAUUUCAGUGUAGCAUUUAACCGUUUUACAGAUGUAAUGAAUUCAGUAUAGUUGUAGUUAGAGGUUUGGGGUAACUGCUUGUUAGAUGUGACCCGUUUUAGGGAAACUAACCCAAAUCCUUAAUCUUAUUAACCACCCCUCCCUCCCUCUCACCCUCUCCCUUAUUUCACUCCCCCCACCACCACCAAAUGUUCUAGUUCCUCUUUCAGAUAUUACAUUUUUAAUCGUGUUAAAGUAGCAUAAUGGUGAUUUAAAGCACACAUAAUAAAAAGAGCACCGUUUUUUAAACACCUUUACACACAGUUGUCAACAUCAUCCCACAUGAUGGAUUAGUGCCAUGCGGACUCCGCUUGGUCAUUGUCUCACUGUAGAUUAAGUUUGAGAGAUUAUGGUCCAACCCGAUUCUUUCAGACUAGAGAUGGGUUACUGUAGUUGGGAUUGGGAUUAGGAUUAGGAAGGGGGGUGGGGGG